AUGAAUGGAUUCCCCUGCAAACACAACGUAUCAGCUGAUGAUUUCUUCUUCGAUGAGUUAUCGCAGCCAAGACUCACUAACAACACAUUUGGAGCGACUGCCACAUUAGUCACUGUCCAAAAUAUCACCGGCCUAAACACCUUAGGGGUCUCCAUAGCUCGUAUUGACUUUGCUCCAAGGGGCUUGAACCCACCACACUUUCACCCACGAGCCACUGAGAUAGUGUUUGUACUUAAGGGUAUCUUGGAAGUCUCAUUCAUAACCACGGAUAACAAGCUCUACUCCAAGUCCAUCAAGGCUGGUGAAGUCUUCGUAUUCCCUAAAGGGUUGAUCCACUUCCAGAAAAACAAUGGGAAUGUUCCUGCUGCGGCCAUUGCUGCCUUCAAUAGCCAGUUCCCGACCCCCCAAAGGGUGCCAAACGCUUUGUUUGCAUCGUCUCCCAGUGUGCCAAAUCAUGUGUUGGCUAAAGCAUUUCAAAUUGGAACGAAAGAGGUGAAGAAAAUGAAGUCAAGGCUUGCUCCUAACAAGUAA